CCGCCAUCCUCAUCCUCACCAUCGCACAUCCCAUCAAUCCUUUACCCACUCCUCACCGGGUGGGUCACCAUGCCCCUCACACAACCCAAUAACCCAUACUACACUUCCGCUCUCGCUUCUCUCUCAUACUCAGUCGCACGCACAAGACCCUGCCUCCCCAGAAGACUGCACAGCGUAUCCACUCCUCUCCUAGCAAACUCAGUCCGCUCCAUCUCCUCCUCUUCUCGCGCUCUCAUCCCCCCCAGGAGACUCCAUCUGACGACAAAAGAUCUCCUUGUGGGGAGUGGACUCCAGUUGACGGGAAAGGUAGCGUGGGAUAGUCAGAGGAAGUAUGCUUCUGCUCUCGUACUCCGUGUAGAAGGCAGCUCGAGAUGGUUCCACGCCAGUGGGGUACAACGCGCUCCUCCUCUCCUUUUCUGGCUAGUCGCAUUACUCAAAUCCUCAGCAGCCCUAAACACAGUAUCCACCGUCGCCCGUCUCACUCUCUCAAUCCUCCCCUGGGCCUGGUUCCGCGAACGCAUCGCCACGCGUGCGAUCCGCAUAGCCCAAGAACACCCAGAAGUGAUCACCCACCCGCGCUGGGCGGGUAUCGUCAGCCAGAACGCACGCUGGCUGGGGUUCCUCAGAUGGAGCGUCGGCAUCCUUGCUAUUACCCCUGUGGCACUUAUCGCUGUCACGUGUAUCGCUAGUACCGAGAGGACGCCGAUAUCUGGCCGAUGGAGGAUGAUAAUGCUCUCUCCAGAAGAGGAGGAAAAGAUCCACGCCGACCUGCGCGGUUAUGGCUGGUACACCUCCGUCCUAAAACAAAUGACGGACGCCUCUCCCACAGGAUCCAUGCCCAGGAUCCUCAAUCCCUCAGACUGGCGCUGGCGCUGGGUAGAAGAAACCCUCCGCCGGCUAGAAGCGGGGAUAAACAUCCUCCCCGCGAGCGCUUCUGACCCCCCGAGCGCAGCGGCCGAGAAGUACUAUUCCUCCUCUCACACUGGCCCCGUUCCUCCGCCAGCAAAGUAUCCCCUCCUCCCCCGGCCUAGGAUCUCGCAGCUCGUACACUCCCUCCCUCCCUCGUUAGACACCCACGAGCCAGCAACGGAACACCGCCGUGCACAGGAUCCCCCGGGUCACGCACAUCAUCUUUCCCCCCAUGCACAGCUCGGACCGCCAUACAACGUCCUCAUUGUCGAUAAGCCGGAGUGUAACGCCUUGUCCCAUGGGUACGGGCCCGCAGGAGCGGGGGGGAUCGUACUCUACACAGGGUUCCUAGAGGAGAUCCUACGGCACGCACCUACGCCUCCCCGCACGCAGAAUCAAAAUCAAAAUCAGACCCAAUCCCUGUGGACUUCCCUCCUCCACACCCUCUCCCCCCCCUCCCCAGCCCCCCGCACCUCCCCCACCCAAUCCCAAACGGAAGACCUAGCCGUCGUCCUAGCCCACGAGCUCUCCCACCUCAUCCUCUCACACCACCUCGAAUCCCUCUCCUCUUCGCUAAUCGUAACCCCCACACUCCUCAGUAUGGUGGGAGACGUAGGCCGCACACUUAUCUUCCCGCUGACGAUGUUCUUUGGCCCGUUUUUGAAUGAUGCUGUGGGGAGGAUGGUACGCGUUGGAAGGGAGAGGGUGGAGAGGAAGCAGGCGGAGUGUACGACGAGGGUUUUGGAGGUCGAGGCGGAUGCGGUGUCGGCUAGGCUCCUAGCAUACGCAGGGUACGACCCCCGCUGCGCGAUCAGGUUCUGGGAAUCGAGGUUAGGGUCGGAUGAUUUGAGCUGUAGCGGGGGGGUUGGGCAGGGGGCAGGGGGAGAAGCUCAACCCGAAUCAGGGGCAAGCGCAGACUGUGGACCGAACACUAUCCCAAGCGCAAUCGCAAGUGCAAUCGCAAGUGCAAGCGCGUUCCCCCCAAGCUCAACCCCAAGUUCAACCCCAAUCCCAAACCCAUCUCAACACCCCCUCCCCCUCCCAGGCCAACCCCGACCCGCGAAAACACGGGUUCGAGGGGAAAGACCACCCGCUGAGCGAGGAGAGACUGGUGGAGCUUAA